AUGAUUACAUCUGAGUUGUUGAUGGAUUACUCUGCGUUCUUCACCGUGUGUUUCUCUCUACGAGCCGUACUUGAGCGCAUCGUUCCAUUCGUCGACUGUGAAGAGCGAGAAACCGCAGAACCGGGCCUGUUCCCAUGGCAACAGUGUGGCCGGGUUGGAUUGUGCUUACCGUUAACAGCGGAAGCCCGGCGUACGGGUUCCCAUGAGGCUUUGCCUGAAAGUGGGGCCGUCCCUCCCAUCAGGCACUGCAUCAAGCCAAAUCCCCUCAGCUCAGAGCGCGAUCUUUCACUCAGAAUGAACUCUCGACGACCGGCAUCCGGCGCCGCAGACAGGCAUGCGAUCAAGAUGCUUUACGUCAGUCGGUUUGGAGCCGUUCGACCGUCAGCGAUCCAGCCGCUCAUUGAGCUGUCAGUGUGUGUUUGUAAACCUGGACAGACGAACCCAAAACUGGACUUGGCGCGUCUGCUGAGACCGCUGGCGAGGUUUGGUAUGUUUAGCACUGUGAAGACAAACCCAACCGUAACUAAUGUACACAAACGCACACGUUCCCGCAGCUGCAGAGACGCUCCUGACCCCUGCGUGACCCUCAUCAGCGGCGGUAAAUCUCCCAUCUGGAGGAAACAGUUCACCCUGCCCCGACACGUCAACACGUACAACACGCCUGUCCCUCGCUGCUACUCGCCUGACGAAUACGGCAGAUCAAUCGAGCGAAUCCUCCGAGGCAGAGACAGGAAACGCUCCACCGCACAAUCUCCACUGAGAAAAGCCACUAGUGUCCCAGUCACCAAAUCCUAUGUGAUGGAGGGUCAGGGCGUGACUCUGAAAUGCAAGGCGAUGGGCGACCCCGAUCCCACCAUUCACUGGCGCUUUCCCGACGGCAAACUGGUGCACAACAACUCUCGCACGAUCCUGUAUGACAACGGCACGCUGGACAUCCUGAUCACCACGCUGAAGGACAGCGGCGCCUUCAACUGCGUGGCCUCCAACGCGGCCGGCAUCGCCACCGCAGCCGUGGAGGUCAACAUGAUCCCACUGCCGCUCUUCGUCAACAACACGGGUCACAUGAGGGAGGCCGAUCCGGGGCUCUCCGACAUCACCACAUCCACCAAAUCUGGCAGCAACGACACCAAACCGCAGAACAAGAGGGUUGUAGUGGAAAACCUGACCGCAAACUCAGCUGUCAUCCACUGGCCGUCCGAACGCCACAUUCCCGGGAUCAGAAUGUACCAGAUCCAGUACAACAGCACCGUCGACGACACCCUGGUGUACAGGAUGAUUCCCUCGGCCAGUAAGACGUUUAAGAUCAAUGAUCUGGCGGCGGGGCGUGAGUACGAGCUGUGUGUGUUGGCGGUGUAUGAUGACGGCAUCACGUCUCUGACGGCCACACGCGUGGUGGGCUGCGUUCAGUUCCACACGGGCGCGGAGGCGGGUCAGUGCCGCUUCAUCCCCAGCCAGUUCCUCGGCGGCACCAUGAUCAUCAUCAUCGGCGGCAUCAUUGUGGCUUCUGUCCUCGUCUUCAUCAUCAUCCUCAUGAUCCGCUACAAGACUUACGGCGGGGCCGACGCGGCCAAAGCCAAAGCGCGAGGAGACGCCAGCGUACAGGUGCACUCGCAGACCAACGGGAGUCGCUCGGCACACUCCGGCUCGAAGCAGGAGGAGCGACCCGAGUCGCCCGGCGCGAAGGACUGCAAGGCGCUGGUGCUGCUGAAGAUGGAGGAGAUGCAGGAGGAGCUGAAAGUCCAGCUUCCGCCUGUUUGCUCCGAGAAAGCAGCACCAGCGCCGCAGUCCCGGAGAUCCAGCCUGGGAGGGCCACCGUCUGACGACACACAGACGGACAGCAGCCUGACGGGCUCCACCAUGUCCCUGUGUCUGAUCGGCUCUGGGGCCAACCCGGCCGAGCCCCCUCGGAAGGGGCCGCUGGCCAACAUGGGGCUCCUGCCCAGCGAACUGGCCCGGACUCGGCAUCGCUUCUCCUUCGAUGGAGACUAUGCUCUAUUCCAGAGCCACAGUUACCCGCGCCGGGCUCGAACCCGCCGGCACAAAUCCACCACCCAGCUGAACACAGACGUGUCACCACCCUGCAGCCGGAGGGUGACGUUCAGCAGCACAGAGUGGAUGUUGGAGAGUACAGUGUGAGGACUGAAGCACACACACACAUAUGUUUGGACUGUCUACAUAUUGACGUUGUUGCAGUAACACACACUCCGUUGAUUCCUGUGUCCGUUUUAACACAUAUGAAACAUGACACAGCAAACCUAGUGAGCUGCCUACUUAGAUGCCGUCUAAAGAUACAGUAAAGUGAUCAAAAGACAUUCCAAUGAAUAAAUAAAU